ACGAUUGUUGCACUGUAGCUAUCAUUUUACCAUAACCGAGCCCCGGUAACCGGUUGCCAGUGCCUUGUUGAAUUGUAAACUAGUAAUUUGUUAUUCUCAACGCGGAGGCCACGUCAGUUCACUACGCUUCGCGUCUGUGAGAUUAUAAAUCGAUUUUCCUAGAAAAAGAAAAAUGCCGAAAGUGACAGUCUACUACUUUCCCCUGAAAGCCCUCGGCGAAGGCAUCCGUCUCCUGCUGGCGUACGGCGGGGAGGAGUUCGAAGACCGAAGAGUCACCAAGGAGGAAUGGCCCGCAAUAAAGCCGACGAUGCCGUUCGGUCAGAUGCCGGUCCUGGAGGUGGACGGCAAGAAGUACGCUCAGAGUCUUGCCAUCGUGCGCUACCUCGGCCGCAAGCACGGGCUCGGCGGCAAGAACAUCGAGGAGGACUUCGAGAUCGACCAGAACAUCGAGUUCUGGAACGACAUCCGCAUCAAAGCAGCAUCAGUGUCCUAUGAGCAGGAUGAGAAAGUAAAAGCAGCGAAGCAGGCGGAUCUGGAAAAGAACUUCUACCCGGUCGCGCUGAAGAAGUUGGACGACAUCAUCGCCAAGAACAACGGGCACAUGGCCCUUGGCAAGUUAACCUGGGCAGACUUCCUAUUCGCUGGCAUGUACGACUGUCUCAAGAAGCUUCUUCAAAUGCCCGACCUUGAUGAGAAGUACCCGAGAUUCAAGAAGUUAGAACAGACCGUGUAUACCAUCCCCAAAGUGAAGGCGUAUGCUGACAAGGCGCCGAAGUGUGAUUACUACAGAAAAAUGCCGAAGGUCAUAGUCUACUACUUUCCUCUGAAGGCAGUUGGUGAACCCAUCCGACUCCUGCUGGCGUACGGUGGCGAGGAGUUCGAAGACCGAAGAGUUACCCAGGACGAAUGGCCAAGUGUCAAACCUACGAUGCCGUUCGGUCAGAUGCCCGUGAUGGAGGUGGACGGCAAGAAGUACGCCCAGAGUAUUCCCAUAGUGCGCUACCUCGGCCGCAAGCAUGGACUCGGCGGCGGCAACAUUGAGGAAGACUUCGAGAUCGAUCAGAACGUGGAGUUUUGGAACGAUAUCCGCUCAAAAGGAGCAGCGGUGUUCCACGAGGAAGAUGAGAAGGCGGCAGCGCGGAUGCAGGCGGAUUUGGAGAAGAACUACUACCCAGCCGCGCUCAAGAAGCUGGACGAAAUUAUCGCCAAGAACAAUGGAUAUAUGGCUCUUGGCAAGUUAACCUGGGCAGACUUCCUAUUCGCGGGCAUGUACGAAUGUAUAAAGAAGAUUCUUCACAUGCCAGAUCUCGACGAGAAGUAUCCAAGAUUCAAGCAGUUAGAACAGACCGUGUACGCUAUCCCCAAAGUAAAAGCCUUCUCUGAUAAGGCACCUAAGAGUGAAUUCUGAACAAUGUCACAAUUAUUUUGUUAAAACCUGAUUUACACUUUGUGAAGUGUGCUUG